AUGCGCCAAGGUGUUCUUCGGGCGAAAUCAUGAGAGGCUUCACACUGUUGGUGUUCGCGCUGGUGGCCCUGGCCGCCGCCGCGCAUGCGCAGAAGACUGAGAAGAGGUCGCAGGCAUGCGAGGAGGCGGGAGGAAAGUGCGCGAGCAAGUGUCAGAGGAAGUCUCUGGACGACAUUUCCUGUGCGAAGGGACUGACCUGCUGCAAGCUCUCGAGAAAGCAAAUGAAGAAGAAACAGCAAAAACUCAAGCAAAAGGAACGGAAGGCAUCCAAGAGACAAAGGAAGAACGAGAAGAGGAUGAAAUUAAAGAAAGAAAACAAAGGUGAGAAGGAAGUCAAAGGGAGAGGCAGAAAAGUUGCUAAAGAAGAAGGACAAAGGAGAAAACUAAAGCCCAAAAACCUGAACAAGAUAAGAAUUCACUGAAAAAGGUCAGCUUAUCAGGCAGAAAAGCUGCUGAAGAUACAGACAAAAGGAAAAACAAAUGCAAAACUAGGAAGAGAUGCAGAAAAUUGGCAGGAGUUUGUCAGUCCAAGAAAAUGGCAUGCGUCGGCGGCAAGAAGUUGAAAGGCACGAAGUUAUGUAACAAGAAAAAGUGUCGCUGCUGCGCCCCUAAAUCAUCACUAUGCAAGGAAAAGAAAUGGUGCAAGAAACGGGCGGAA